ACAUUUAGUUUUGGUGGUUUCUCACGCUUAUUUGGAGUCUCAAGUAUGGUUAGGCUAAACGUACUUGCUGACGCCCUAAAGUCAAUAUGCAACGCUGAAAGAAGAAAGAAACGUCAAGUCCUUAUCCGGCCAUCAUCAAAAGUUAUUGUCCGAUUUCUACGAGUGAUGCAACGAAAGGGUUAUAUAGGAGAGUUUGAAAUUGUUGAUGACCAUCGCGCUGGAAAGAUUGUGGUACAGCUAAAUGGACGUCUAAACAAAUGUGGUGUAAUCAGCCCGAGAUUCGACAUGGGUGUGCGGGAAACUGAAAAGUGGACCAGGAACUUACUACCUUCUCGUCAGUUCGGUUAUCUUGUACUUACGACAAGUGGUGGGAUUAUGGAUCAUGAAGAAGCUCAUCGAAAACACCUAGGUGGCAAACUGCUUGGAUUUUUCUUCUAA